AUGGUCACGAUUCCUGAACUGAAAGAGCAGUACGAAGGUCUGGACCGGCAGCUUCCGACUAAAGGCGAGGAGGCCAUCGAAGCGGAGUCUCUGCUGACCUUCGAAUACGAAUACCCGGAGCGGGACACCGAGGUAGUCAUCGACACCGACGAGUUCACCGCCGUCUGUCCUUGGACGGGCCUGCCCGACACCGGCGAACUGAUCAUCAGCUACGUGCCGUCAAACAGUUGCAUUGAAUUGAAGUCUCUGAAGUUCUACCUGCUGUCCUACAGGGAUGUGGGAAUCGUGCAGGAGCACGCCGCAAACCGGAUACUCAACGACCUCGUGAAAUGCUGUCAGCCGCGCCGGAUGAAGAUCACCCUGGACUACAAGAUUCGCGGCGGACUGCACACCAAGGUGGCCGUGGAGCACGGCACGUAA